AUGUCAAAAUUAUCAAAGAACCUAGCUUCCACCCACGAACCAACAAGAGAGGAAGCCUUGAUAGCGUUAGACCAAUACAUAACCACCAAUCUUAAUCGUCUUACUGAGAUCGAGUUGGGUAAAGUAUGGAAAGGUAUUUGGUACGCUAUGUGGUUAAGUGAUGGAGGAGAGAAUCAAAAUAACUUAACUGAACAAUUAGCUAAAAUUUGUAAUAAAAACGAAUAUAGUGUGAAGAAUUGGAUAAAAAUCAACGAAACCUUUUGGAUGAUUGUCAUCAGAGAAUGGCAAACUCUUGAUAAAUGGAGAGUUGAUAAGUAUUAUUUACUCCUUAGAAAAGUUUUAAGAUUCAACUUCAGAUAUUUGAACUUUAAAAAUUGGGAUAGGAAAGUCAUUGUGGAAUUUAAUAAGAUGAUUAAGAAACCUUUGAAUUUGAAGAAAAACUUGGCAAUUUCUUACCAUUUAUGUGAUAUAUAUUUGAGUGAGUUGGAAGAAUAUAGUGAUAGCGCUCCUGAAUUCAUAAUUGACAUAUUCAAGCAAGUAAAGAAUGAAACCAACUCGAAGACAUUGAAGGGAAAGAUUGAUGAAGAAGUUUUGAAUGACGAAAGAGUGAAGGAAUGGUGGGGUGAGGAUGAGGAAGAAGAUGAUGAUGAAGAGGAGGAAGAUGAAGAAGAAUGGACAGGAUUUUAA